GCUUGAAUGAAAAGGCUCAGUUUAAGCAUGUUACCAUUUGAAACGGACGUACUGUUGGGAGAAGUCACUAAAAACUGUCACAGAGUCAUGCCAAAAGUGGUACCUGACCAGAGAUCGAAAUUUGAUAAUGACGAACUAUUUAGAAAACUUUCCCGAGAAGGCGAGAUAAAAUAUACUGGAUUUAAAGAUCGGCCUCUUGAAGAGAGACAGCUUAGAUUUCAAACAGAAUGCCGAGAAGGCCACGCUGACCUGGCGUUCGUCGCAACAGGAAUAAAUUUACAGUUACAGUUUACACCAAAUGCUUGGUCAGAAAAUCCAGAUGACCGGGUACCAACUCCAGAAUUUGUAAAUUUUGACAGAGAACCAGGAAAAGUUCAUUUAAAGUCACAGUUUAUACUAAAUGGUGUAUGUGUGAUAUGGAAAGGCUGGGUAGAUUUAAGUAGGUUAGAUGGUAUAGGCAGUAUAGAAUACGAUGCAGAAAGAGCAAUGGUAGAAGAUAAUUUAUUACGCCAACAAAUGGAUCAGUAUCAAAGACAAUUACAAGAUUUUGAAAAUCGGCAGCGUCACUACCGGGAGGAGCAAGAAAGGAGAGCAGAGGCAGAAGCUGAGGAGGGAGGAUUAGGUCAUGUUGUCAAAUCUGAGAAUCCACCCAGUUAACGAUGGUUUAUAGUCUAGUCUACAACCAACUUGAUUAUGUUGUUGAAAAUGAUUUUUAAACAGAUGGAUGUAUUACACCGCUAGUUUCAAAAGCCAGCGAUCUGUUUAGAAAACAUUCAGCUGUGAUUUUUUACUUUAUCAAAAAGUAAAAAAGGUGAACAUUUCAAUGCUUGGGGGAGUAAAGUGCUUGGAAGUCGUUGUUGUUGUUGUUCAGAUACUGUAAUCCGCAGGAUAAUUCCGCAUUGUCAUGGUAACUGUUGCAAAAUGAAUAUUGGUAUUAAGUGAUCUGUGGACCAGACCUAGAAUGGACAUUCACAACAUGGGAAAGCAAAACAGACUGCGAACCAACAGUGUUCAUCAUUCAAGACUUUGUUUAGCAACAGUGAACCAAAAUGAUUGCGACUCAAGGACUUGUUUAGUUGCUAAUGAUAUUAACUGUAAACCAUUCAAAAAUGUUCAUGAUUCAAGGACAUUGUUUAGAAUAAUGAAUUAUCAAAUGUGAAUCAAAAUGUUCAUGAUUCAAAGACAUUGUUUAGAAUAAUGAAUUAUUAAAUGUGAAUCAAAAUGUUCAUGAUUCAUGGACAUUAUUAGCAGCUUAUGUUAUUAACUGUAUAUCAAUAUGUUCAUUAUUCAAGGACAUUGUUUAGUGGCUAAUAAUGUGUGCUGAACCGGCAAUGUUCUUGACUGAAGCAUAUUGUUAUGCAGCUAAUAAUAUAUUAUAUUUUUGUUGAAUUUUACAUUUUUUGUUGAUUCUCUAAAGUGUUGUCUAAUUGUUAAGUUAAAAUGAGUGCCUGGCUAUGUAAAAUAUGGACAAAAUUGUCAAUUCUAAGUUCUAUACAAGUACUGUGUUCCUCGUUGGGGCCAUUAUAUUCUAAUUAGUGAACUUUAAUCAUAUCACAGUGACUGUCAUAGUGCUCUGGUAUUUACUAAUGACUAAAUCAAUUUCAUUGUUUGCAAAUAAGGAUGGAUGGGGUAGAGUGGAGUGAUAUUUAUUAGGAUGGAAUAUUUAUAUGGGGUACAGAGUAUACUGCUUUAUGAUUAUCUUAAUUUCUGCUAGCUCCAGUAAUAGUGAUGUGGUCAGUUUCUAUUUUACUGUCAGUCAAACAGCUGCUGGGUGUGGUCUCUGUUUACCAAACUCUUAGCUCACUUUUGUCAGACAAGAACACCUUGCACUUGCUUUUACAGAAAUCUGAAAAAUUAAUUGUAUACUUUGUUUGCAAAAAGGCUUUUCAAUUUUGUACAAGAUUUAUUAAUUUAGAUCUCUAAGAGUAGGGUUAGUUGGGUUUUACAGCGAAUCUACACAAAAUGGUCAUAUAUCGCCAAGUACUCGAAGAGUAGGAGUAAGACAGUUUCAGAAAAAUAUGUAUGACCUUUUUCACCAUUUGUGGCCUAUUUUUGCACCAGUAUUAAUACUUUCAGCUAUGACUGUUAAUUCAACUUUUUCCAAAGUUAAGACCUGAUCUGGUUGGCUGUCCUGAGUUACAGUUCAGAAAUUGACCACUGGCAUGACUGCAUUCAGGGACUGGUUCAUAACCUCUCUGUAUGGUCAACAGUUUUCACAUAGUCUAUGUCAUGUUAACUUAAUACACCCUAGCUUUUUAUCAGUUAGAUAGUAGACUUAUUUCAAACAUACUAAAGGGGAAUGCCAUCAGAUUUUUUGGUAACAAGGUCUUUCUCUUUGAACAUAAAACAAAAAUAUUCGUAAUACUGUAAAAUCAUUUAAUUUCGUGGGCAUGAAAUGUCGUGGCUUUGGUCAAAACGGCAAUUUUGUGGGGAUAUGAAUUCGUGGAUUUCUUUUGAACAUAAUAUGAAUGGGAAUUUUACUUGUUCGUUGGGAUUAAAUUUUGUGGACUGACUCAACCACGAAAUACAGGAUAAUUAGUCCCUCAAGAAUAUUAAUGAUUUCACAGUAUACGGUACACCAUCCGAAAGAACUCCUAGGGAGGUAAUAUAAACGUAUUAAAUUUUCAAAAUUUUGUUUAUCGUCUUGAAACACAAAGGAUUUUGUUUCUUAAUUUCAGAAGUUUCGGUAUAAAAUUGCAGUUUUUAGCUUCAUUUUCUGAUUGAUAAACAUGAAACUUUGAAAAUCAUAAAAUUUUGAAUAAUAUUUUUUUUUUUUAGAUUUUAAUUGGCCAGAAUUUUACAUAGAGAUAACACAGUUUUGACUGUGUUUUGCUGACCAUUAAAUUGAUAUUAUUAAGAAUAUCAUUAAAAUUGAAAGAAUUCCUGCUGUCUUUAGAAUUAUGUAUUAUGUAUGUCAAAAUCUUGUUUAAUAAGGUUGAUAUUUAUGAAAAACUAUGUUGCUUAUUUGCUGGUCAAACUGUAUUUUUGUUUUGUUUAGAAAGUGCUUUUGUCAUUAACUAGCAAAAACAUAGUCAUAUAAUAUAUGAGCUGCACCAUGAGAAAACCAACACCUUGUAUUUGCAACCAGCAUGGAUCCAGACCAGCCUGCGCAUCUGUGCAGUCUGGUCAGGAUUCAUGCUGUUCACUUUCAAAGCCUAUUGCAAUUAGAGAAACCGUUAGCGAACAUUAUGGAUCCUGACCAGACUGCGCGGAUGUGCAGGCUGGUUUGGAUCUGUGCUGCUUGCAAAGGCACUAUGUUGGUUUUCUCAUGGCACGGCUCAUAUUCAGACAUUUGCAAACUCUAGAAAGUAUUCCUGUAGGGUCAGGAAAUUUUAGGAGAUUUCUGAUAUUAUAUCUAAAAUGUUUCGGAAUUUUUCGUUAGAUAUGUGAAGAUCCCACCUUCAGUCCAUAAAGAAAUAAAGCAGCUAUUGCUUUGAAAUAAGAAUGUGUGUGUUGUUAAUUAUAUUAAAAUGAUGUGUACAGCAUCCUGGUACGUAUUCCAUGUAUGUUGAUUAUACGUAAAAAUGUAUUUGAUAUUCAAAAACAUUUUAUUUAUUUUCAUACGUGUUUUAAAGCAUUCUAUAUGUAUAUAUUUAUGACCUUAGGGUGUUUGUGUGGUGUGAUAGAUUUUGAAAUACAAGGAAAUUAAAUUAUAAAUCUAUGUUAACUCGAAAACAUUUACACAUAAGCAAAAUGUUAAGUCUUGAAUAAAUUUCAAAAUUUUUUCUGUCAUUAAGAUAUUUCUGCAUAUUUUUGUUACACUAUAAGUGAAGAUAACAUCAUUUAUUUGGAAAACCAAGUAUAAACCACAGAAAUUUAAAACAUGCUGCAAAUAAAGAAUAUUUUUAAUCCCCCGCCACGAGUGGUGGGGGUUAUAAGAAUGGUCUCCGUCCGUAACAUUUCAUGUCCGCUCUGUAUCUCCUAAACCCCUUGAAGGAUUUUCAUGAAACUUGGGUCAAAUGAUCACCUCAUUAAGAUGAUGUGCAGAACUUACGUGUCAGCCAUGUUGGCUCAAGGUCAAGGUCACAACUCGAGGUCAAAUGUUUGAGCCUUCAAUUUUAUGUCCGUAAAUCCAUUGAAGGAUAAUCAUGAAACAAGGUCAAGGUCACAACUCAAGGUCAAAGGUUUGAGCCUUCCAUUUUGUGUCCGCUCUGUAUCUCCUAAACCCCUUAGAGGAUAAUCAUGAAACUGGGGUCAAAUGAUCACCUCAUCAAGACGAUGUGCAGAACCCAUGAGUCAGCCAUGUUGGCUUAAGGUCAAGGUCGCAACUCAAGGUCAAAGGUUUGAGCCUUCCAUUUUGUGUCCGCUCUGUAUCUCCUAAACCCCUUGAAGGAUAAUCAUGAAACUUGGGUCAAAUGAUUACCUCAUUAAGACGAUGUGCAGAACUUAUGUGUCAGCCAUUUUGGCUCAAGGUCAAGGUCACAACUCGAGGUCAAAUGUUUGAGUCUUUAAUUUAGUGUCCGUUCUAUAUCUCCUAAAUCCAUUGAAGGAUAAUCAUGAAACUUGGGUCAAAUGAUCACCUUAUCAAGACAAUGUGCAGAACUUAUGAGUCAGCCAUGUCGGCUUAAGGUCAAGGUCACAAAGCAAGGUCAAAUGUUUGAGUGUUCCAUUUUGUGUCCUCUCUGUAUCUCCUAAAGCCCUUGAAGGAAUUUCAAGAAACUUGGGUCAAAUCAUCACCUCAUCAAGACGAUGUGCAGAACUCAUAAGUCAGCCAUGUCAGCUUAAGAUCAAGGUCACAACUCAGGGUCAAUGUUUGAGCCUUCCAUUUUGUGUCUGCUCUGUAUCUCCUAAACCCCUUGAAGGAUUUUCUGAAACUUGGGUCAAUUAAUCACCUCAUCAAGAAGAUAUGCAGAACCCAUGAGUCAGCCUUGUUGGUUCAAGGCCAAGGUCACAACUCAAGGUCAAAGGUUUGAGCCUUCCAUUUUAUGUCUGCUCUGUAUCUCCUAAACCCCUUGAAGGAUUUUAAUAUGUCUUGGCUGUAAUAUUCCCCUUUUCAAGACAAUGUGCAGAAUUCAAAAUUCACUCCUUCCAGCUUAAGGUCAAGGUCACAACUUGAUUGUUUAAUGGUUCCACCCAAUACCAUAAACCCUUUCACUAUCCAUAACAGUGGCGUAGGAUAUAGCUGUCUUUCAGACUGCCUUGUUUUAUUAAAAGUAGGUUAAUUACUGUUGUGAAGUCUUUGAUAAGAAGCAAACACAAAAUAUGUGAAUGCAACAGUGAUCACCUUAUCAAAGUUUGACUCUUCUUAAAACACUCCUUUUAGGUAUGACUGGUGGAAAUGAUCCUGUCUGAUGCAGUUAGAAAAAUGUUAAACCACAACUAUACUAUUGUUUAAUUGUCACUGCAAAUCUUUUCUGAUGAAAUCAUAGAUAUUUUUGUUCAUUUUUACACAGUCUAUAGUCUUGUUUUGGCUAUCGUUUUUCUUACUCAGUUUAUAGUCUAAAUGUCUUACUUUGUAAAUAUAAUCAAAUUUCUUAUUUAGUCUGUUGUUGAAAUUUAAUACUUUGUCUAUAGUCUAUAACCUGUUCUUACAUCAAAAUCUGUUGACUCAGUGUAUAGUUAAAAAUCUAUUUCUGGGUCUAAUGUUAAGUUUUGUACUUAUACUUAGUAUACAUAUUUUUUAUUUCUAAGUGAUCAUGUCUACUGUUUGAUCCAUGUAACAGGGUGUUUCUUGCACUGCAAGAUCUAUUUAGAUCUAUGAACUACAUCAUUCUAAAGGUCUCUGAGGGUGAUUGUAGGAUCUUUUUGAAUUAUAAAAUGUCUUUAAUAAUGUAGGGAUUUUUUCGUGUUAUAACGUCUGCAGACUCCCGAGAGAUUGUUACAGUGCUUGGGCACCAACAUAUCCUGAGGGAUUCUGAAGAUGUUAUAACACGAAAUGAACAUGUGCUAACGCUAUUCUAGCAUAAAAAAGCGUAAAAACUAAUAAAUGUAUACAUUGUCCCUCAGUGUCAUAAAAUUUCCAUGAAAUGCACAGGAGUUUUUGAGUUUUUUUCACGUUGACGUCAUUUCCAUUGAAUUAUCCAUUUUGGGGCCGUUAUACGUUUACGCUUUGUCGCAGAAUGUGCAUAUAUAUAAAAAAGUGU